AUGCCAGGUUCAAACAGAACAGGUUACGAGGAUCGUGUAACUCGACCAUUGAGGGACUCGGUUUCUUCAUCGGCAGUAGAACCCUCAGCUCCCUCAAUUACAUCAGAACCACAAGCGCCUUCAACACUCAAAACUAAUUCUGCUCAAAAAAAUAAAAGAAUGACAUUAUUCCCUUUAUUUAUGUUAUUUGUUGAUGUCGGUUUACCACUCCUCCUAUAUUUUAUUCUUUCAAAAUACAUACCCACUAUUUGGGCACUAAUCAUAUCAGGUAUCCCACCUAUUGUUUCUGUUAUCCUUAAUUUUAUCAUUCGAAAACAAGUCAACGCCAUAGGAAUACUCAGUAUAGUCGGUUUCAUUGCUGGUACUAUAUUAUCUGUGCUCCAAAAUGAUCCAAAGCUAUACUUAUUACGAGAAUCAUUUAUCACUGGUGUAGUUGGUUUAGUAUUUAUUGUCACUUUAAUUCCGAUAAAAAUCGGCUCCUUCCAAAUGCGUCCCUUAAUUUAUUAUAAUAGUAAAAAUCUCGGAAUGGGUAAUCUUAAAGGCAUAACUGAUGAAGCUGUUUAUAUUGGAAAUAUUGUUAUUUAUA